UCUCCUGCGUGAGAGGAGCAGCCGCUACGAAGCGAAAGUAAAGGUGUAUUGAGACAGAGAAAGCAGAUUUCCAUCGUGACAAUUUUGUGGUAACUUUAUUCUCACUUGUGUAUUGAGCAGUAUAUACUGAACCGUGACAUGUCGUCAAAGAAGAAAAUGAAGAGAAAUCAUUCUGGAAAUAAAUUAAAGGAACACAAAGCCAACUCCCAUCCUCGCUGGAAAUUGCUUCCACUUGAGGAACCAGAUGUCUCAAGGAUAUUGAAGGUAGCAGAAGCAAAUCAACUUGAGGACCUUGACGAUUCAUUUGAUCACCCUUUGCACAGUACUGCUGUGGAUGCUUAUGGAGAGGAACAUUCACAAAACAAGUCGCUUGGUCAUGUUUCAGCUCCACAAAGGAACAAUACAGAAAGAAGUAAAAAACCACAUCACUCGAAAACAUCUGAUGGUGAUGUUCAGAAAUUCAGCACAGCUGAUCCUGAAGAUGAACCCCUUAAGGAGAACAUGAAGGCUCUGAAUACUACUCAAUUCCAGGCAAAAAAGAAGCGGCUUUCAGAGAAAAGCAAAUCAGAUCCUUCUGUGGAUAGCUCAUGUUCUGUACAGGUUUGGUGUCCCAAAGAGCUGAAGAGAUCGCCCAGAGAUAUUACAGAACUGGAUGUUGUUCUGGCUGAAUUUGAGAAGAUAGCAGCAAAUUACGGACAGAGCAUAGAAUCAAAUGUUUGCAGAAAAGCUAUCAAUGGCUUCUGUUCUGCUUUCAAGGACCAAAUCACCGAUCUUAUAGUGGAAGUCCAGGAAUUAAAGAAUAUGAAGAAAAAAAAUGCUAAGGUAAUAACAGACAUCAAAAAGAAAAGGCAGCGACUGUUGCAACUCAGAGAAGAGCUAAUUGGAGCUGAACCACAGCUGAUACGACUACAAAGAGAAUACGCUGAGAUACAGGAAAGGAAAUCUUCCUUGAGGCAGGCAACUGAAUUACUUACUGAUUUAAAGGAGAUACAGCAAGACUGUUUGGAGUAUAGAGAAGAAAACCCAAAAGAAAAAGUGGUAUAUGGAACUUCCAGCCUACCUGCUCUUCUGGUGGAGUCGCGGAGAAUUCUACGAGCAGAAAGACACUUUCAGAAUAUUAAUAUGAAACUGGAAGAGGCUCUGGCUGUACAAAGAGGGAAGUUAUCAAAGAAACAUUAAGUGUGGUUUUAAUAGACUUUUUGACAUUCGUUAGGAACAAUUAUUAGAAUUGUUAGUGCUUAAAGC